AUGACUUGGCAUCCAACUGAGUCGUUCCUUAAAGGAACAAUAAUCAAGCCUUUCUUACCCAAUGAUAAGCAUUCAAAAUUAAGAAACCCCAAUUUGAAAAACUUGUAUCCAGGAGACCAAGUUCUUGUGUUUGAAACAAAGGAUAAAAAGUGGGGCCGUGGUUAUGUAGUGAAAAUGCUUAUGCCGGAGGAUUUUGUUUCCACUUCAUGUAAUCUUGAUGAUUUACAAGUGCAAAAAUCUGAAGUGGUUGUGUUUCCUUUGCCAUAUGUCAAGAUCCAAGGCAAAAUUCCAUUACCGGAUUUUAGAGCAAAAAAAGUGGCUGAAAAUGCUGACGUGCCUAAUGUUGUUCCAACAUUGCAUGAAUCUGAAGCAGACCACAGAGACGCCGUGAAUGGGUCUGGGUUAGUUGCUGAUGGUGGCGACAAUAUCCAAACACACAACACCCAAAAUAAGCCCGAAAUUCCUCCUUAUCCUGCUGCAAGUGCACAUUUGAAUGAAGACAUCUGUGAUGAAAUCAAAUAUGCAUUGGAGCUUCUUACUGCUCAAGUUUUUGCUUUGUACUCGAUGGGUGAGUUUAGACUUUACGAGAAGUUGAGCACUAUAUACCGUUCAUUGCUUGAAACUAGAAUUAAAUUGACCCAUAACUUAUUGACCGAGGAUGAAACACAGAUUGCAAAAGAAACUGCUAUUUUCUUGCUCAAUGAUGUUUCCAAGAAAUUGACUUCAAGAAUUUCUAGGUUGAAUGCAAGCGCUUAUGACUUGGACAAUGAUCGCACAGACAUUUCUGGGUUCAAAUCUAUUUUGGCUCGUGAUAUUGCAACUGCUGAGGUCCUCAACUUGAAGAAUUCGAUCCCAGCAAGGAUUGCAUUAAACAGUGAAUUGGGUGCGCUUGUGACCAACUUUCCGAUAAAUGCCCACAACCAUGCACUGGAGUAUUCAUUGCGAGCACCACCAAAUAAAAAGUUUAAACCUGACCCACCUUCGCAUAUUUUGGUAGACUUCAAAUCUGUGUCUGGGUCUUCUGCUUACCAGCCUCCUGGGUUUGCAGGCACAACAGCUUACAUGUACCUUCGUAACAGCGACAAGAGAUUGACUGAAGCGUUUGCGGUUCACACCGAUUCCGUGGAUGACUUGGUGAAUGUCGAAAAGAUUAGUGCAGCGCUUUUCAAAAACCUUCCUUCGAGUGAAAUCAUCAACAAUAGAGUUUUCUUAGUUGCUGUGCUUACCGAGGAAGUCGAUUUGAAUGUAAGAACUAGCAAUCAAGUUCCUGUGGUCAAAAGAGUGAAAAAGGGUGUUGCUGCUGGAAUAGCCGAUAUCACCAGAAUUUUUUCUCACAACGAAGGCUCUUUGGUGUCUGGAGAGCCACAUCGUUUCUCUAUUAAGUUGUUUGGCUCUUAUGUUAAUAGAAAAGGUACUUUGUCGUCGAAACUGGGUGAUGGUGCGAAUGAAAACAAUGGUUGGGGAGAGCUCGUUGACAGAAUAAUUGCUGGUUCUGGACACGGUAUAGCAGUUAACCCUAGAGCCGAGAGGUUGGUGGUUACAGUAAAGGAGUUUAAACACCAAUUUACUGGCACAACGUUGCAAGACAUAUCAGCUACUGCUCCCAUCUCCAGAAUCAAGCCAAUUUUUUUUGAUCCAUUGGCAGAAAAUUAUGAGAGAAUUUAUUUGAGAAUGGGCAAGGUUACCAUGGUGAACAAUUCUUCAAAAGAUGAUUUAAUUACUAUUGAGGUAAGCACUCCAAACAACGAUCUCAUUUCCUUUGCAAAAGCUUCGAAUCAGCAGGAGGAAAGAUUCUGGCAAUUUAUUUCAAUCUUUCCGGGUGAGGCAAUUGGAGAAAUUGUGAAAGUUAACGGGGUUGCAUUGAAAUCUACCACCCAAAAGUUGCCAAAAGAUGAUCACAUAGUGUUGUCUUUUUAUGUAAAUGGUGUUUUAACGGGAGAGGGUAAACUUUUGUACAAGGCUGGAAACAGAUUAGUCGAAUUCAACAAAAAGAAAACACAUGCUAUUGAAAUCUUGUCUACCGUUCACAACGUGCCUAUUGCUCAUGUUGAACUUAGUACUGAAUACGUGGGUAAGAUUUACAACUCGGAUUUAUCAAUUGAUAACAUUUUUCUGUUUGAAAAUUUCCUCAAACAAGGCUCAAAGGGCCUUGAUGAGCUUUCAAACUCUUUGGUUUCAUUUUGUCGUUUGGAUAUUGGUCAUCUUGUCAAGUAUUUCCCCGAACUUCUCACUUCCUUGUACGGUAUCGUUGAUGCUGUGUGUCAUCUGUCUGGGCCAAGUGUAGAGAUAUUGGGUGAUAGCACUUUUAAAGCAAUUGUUCAUUUGCUUGACACAAUUUUUGGAAGACAAGACCAGUAUUUCUAUCUUAUUGAUGAUUUUGCUUCUAAAUAUAAACGCUUGGAUCAGGUGGGUAUUUUUCUUUUGCAAAAAUUGGAGGAAAUCUUUAGCAGAUCUCAAGUCACAUGGAAUGCCACUUCUAGGUCGGUUUGCCGUGUUUCAUAUAUUUUGAUGAGGUUUGCUAUUGGCUCUUUAGAUGACUCACCACACAAGGACCGCUAUCAACAGGCAUUGGGAAGUCUUUUUAGAGCUGUUGCCAAAUUUCUUGCUAUAGACUCUCCGCAGUUGAUUGAUGACCAAGUUUUAAUUUUGGGUCUCGUUGAUUAUAUCAUCUCAUUCAGUAAAAAUAUGGACAACAAUGAGUUGCUCAAAUUGAUGAUUUUAUUCAUUGAUUCCGCUGGAAUACGUGGAGCCGGAGCAGACGAGUUGACUCAUGAUGCUACUGUAAAGAGGGCAAACAAAGAACAUAAAGUUGUAGUUGCAAAGUUGUUGUUGAUAUUGAGACUCUUGGGAACAACGAUGGUUGAUGAGAGAGAGACAAGGCAUACUUUGAUUGCAAAAUCGGUUAACUGGGUUAUGGAAAUAUUUUUAGGACCCACUGAUGUCGAAGCAACUAGAUUGGGGUGCAGUAUACUUAAUGUUAUCUGUACAAUUUUGUGGGACAAGGUAGUUAUUGCUAAUGAUACCACAGACCUCGAACUAUGCUUCUCGUUGGUCAAAUUUAUUCCAGCAUUAGCAAGAACAUUUAUCAAAUACAACAAACAUACCCGAGGCAAUGGCUAUUUCAAGUCGAAAAGGACAUUCACUCAACUAUUUCCUACGGAUUACCCAAUCCCUACAUUCUCCAUUGAUCAAUUGGCGAAUGAUGAAGUCAUGGUGGAAGUCUUGGUAGAGUUGGCAUCGUGUUUUUGCUUUGUUGCAAGAAUAGGAAAAGCUACAGCUGGCGAGGGAGGUUUGGUUACAGUAUUGAACACGGAGCUCAAGCACGAUUUUUUUGACCCAAGCAAGUACUUGGCAGCAAAUUUUGCAAACGAGGAUUUGCUAACGGUUAUCGCAGGUAUUAGGUAUCUUAGGUUGGGUAGGUAUUUCCCUGAGGACAAAUGGCUAUCUUUUUAUGCUGUAAUUAUUGAAGGUUGUAUGUGUGCAUUGGAGUUGAUUCGUCCAUUAAUUAUUUCGUAUCAAUUACCAGGAAUUGAUGAUUCCGAGCACUUUGACAGAGCAUUAUGGGGUAACUACAUGAAAGCUUUACUUAGACUUGCGGUGUUGCCUCCUGUGGCGGUGGAAUACUUAUCCGAUAUCCCCAAGAGAGCAUGUGGAGAAAUUACACACGAUAUUCGCGACAGAGCAGCUAGUCUUUUGGAACAAGCGUGGGAUUCUUUAGCAUGGGAGGCUACCGAAGAAGAUUUGGUGAGAUUCAACCUUCACAAGUUUGGUGGCUUCCAAGUUGAGUUCAUCAAUGAUGAAUUUAGCAUCUUGCAGGAAUUGAUGUUAUUUGCUUUGCAGAGGAACCUGAGUUGUCACAAUGUUGCAGUUAAAAUACUCUGGUCUAUUUUGGUCUCUGAGUAUAUUGUUAGCGAUAACUUACGAGAAGUUGAGCGGGAAUGUUUAAUUGGCCUUUCAGAGAUUUAUCAAAAACCUUCGUAUAAACCAACAAAGCAAGACCAGGAUGGCUUUAUUGACAGACUAAAGUCCACCAUUAGAAUAGAUAGAGAGGAUAUUGCAUUUGGUGCAUUCAAUGGAUUUGUCCAAGGCAUGGCCGAGUUUUGUUCUACCUUGAACUACUAUGCUAGUGUUCCCGUUGGUCCUGAAUUUGAUGAGGACAGGAUGUUCCAUCAAAUCAAGCUUAAAGCGCAGAUUAAGGCAGCUGGAAAGCCAGAAUACUUUAAUACUUUUGUUAGUUCCAUGUACGAGGAUAAUGUAAGGAAGAAUGACUUUGCACAAGCUGCUUUGACCUUGGAAUUAUUGGCGUCUACUUACUCGUGGGACCACCAUGAAAUUGUGCCGAUGAGUUUCCGUCCCAAAUUUCCUCAACAGACAUCAUUUGAGAGAAAAGAGAUGCUUUAUAAAAUGAUUGCUGCCAAUUUCGUUAAGGGAAAGAGUCUCGAAAAGGCUGCAGAUACAUUAAAUGAGUUAUUGGAUGCGUAUAAUGAGCACACUUAUGAUUUAAAGAGUUUUGCACAUGUGCAUAGUAAGUUGGCGCAACUUUAUUUAGACCUCGAGUCUUCGGAUAAAUUAGAGCCAUCCUAUUUUAGAGUUGAGGCUAUUGGUAAAGGGUUCCCGUACUAUAUGCGAAUCAUUUCUCAAAUUUAUCAAGGAAUGCCAUACGAGCACAUUACAUCCAUGCACGAGAGAUUAAUGAAGCUAUUCCCCGGGGCCAUUAUUAUUAACGAUGACAAUGAGGCAAAACGAUUGAAAGAGGAUCCUCCAACUGGAAGAUACUUGUACUUUAAGGCAGUCGAACCAGUAUGGGAGUUUUCAGACAAAUUGGUUAAUACUUCUUUGGGAGUACGUCAAUAUGCAAGAAAUAAGGAUUUGAGAUAUUUCUCCAGUUUGAAAAAGAUUCCCGGUUCUACAUCUGUAUUUGACUUGUGGACAGAACAAACGGUGUACGAGGCUUGGCUUUCGUUUCCUACUUUAUUUAAUCGAAGUUUCAUUAAAGAUGCAAAAACUGUUAAAUUAUCGCCACUUGAUAAUGCUAUAAGAACAAUUGGCCGUAAAAAUGAGGAUCUUGUACUUUUGGAAAGUUUGAUCAAUGCAUGUCUUGAAGAAAAAGCAGAUUAUUCGGAGCAUUUCAACGAUUUGUCAAGACAACUCACCGGUACCGUUGAUUCGCCAGUUAAUGGUGGUGUUGGACAAUACAGAUUGUUCUUUACUGAUCCAAAAUAUCUGGAGAAUGAAGAAGAUGCAAGAAAAGCAGAAUUGUUAAAUAAGGCAUUCAACGAGUUGGCCAUAAUCUUGAGUCGUUGCCUUGCGCUUCAUGGAAAAUUGGUUGCACCUUCAAUGAAAGGAGCCCACGAUGUGUUGGUAGACUUAUUUGAGAAGAAUUUCAAGGACGAGAUUGAGAUGUUUAAGUUGACACAGAAAAUGGAAGCGACAUCAACUUCGAGAGUUUCCUUGUUUCAAGAAAAAAGGUCGCUCACGCCCUCAGCUUCGGCUUUCAACGAGAGGGGUUCGACAUCAAACUAUAACCCUUCCAAUUACGCCAAUUCUACUAAAGGGUCAUCCUAUGCUACCAGCAGCCAAUUGAAUAGAACCAAUACCAAUUCUUCAAUGCGUUCGAGUCAGGACAGUAGAUUGGGAUCCAGUGCUGGGGGGAUCGGUGGAGGCGGCUCUGGCGGUUUUGGUGGCAGUCACCAAAACUACGGACUGAGCCACGACUCUAACUCUACCGAUAAUGCAAGUAACUCAGCUUCGUAUUCGCAGUUCUCUGGUUUGGCAAGCAGAAGCACUGCAACCAAUGGACUAUCAUCUAUUAGACCAGGUAGUCUGGCUUUAAAGAAGGCCAAGAGUGCCAUUCAAAAGAAAACUGCAAUCAAUGGUAAUUGGUGA